AUGCUCAAAAGAAUUGGUAUUACAAGAAAAAAUGAACAUUACAGAGCAUUGGAUAAUGAAUAUAAGAGAAAGAUAGCCGUUGAGAAGAACAAGCAACUCAAAGAGAUUAUUGACAAGAAUACAGACAAUCCAUGGAAUGUGAUCAACAAAAUAAUCAAGACAAACAACAACAACGAGGACGAAGAUCAUUGCUACUGGCUGACAACAGAAAAGUAUCAAAAAGACUGUGAACAGAAAAUGUCAACAUUAUCCAACACCCCAGCAAAAUUGACAACGAAAUACAUUAACAACAAUCAAUAUCGAUUGGAAAAACAUAUUGACCGAGAAGACCUCAUCAAAACUCUAUCUUCAGUCAAAAAUGUUGCUGCUGGAAUUGAAGAGGUUAAAAGCAAUCUUUUGAAAAUAUUAAUGAAGAAAAACAUUGAUUAUUUUACCCUGCUUUACAACCAAAUCAUUUCAUCUCAACAUUUCCCAACACCAUGGAAGAUUGGAAGAGGAGUGAUGAUUCCAAAGGCGAGUGGAGACAAGGCCAGGUUAAUCCACGUCCAAUGUUUUUAUGGUAAAAUACUGGAAAAAAUAAUAUCAAAACAGUUAAUAAAUCAAACACCUGAAGACAUUUGGCAACAUCAAUUUGCUUAUCAAACUGGAAAAUCGAGGGACGAUGCAAUCGAAACACUCACUGAACAUUUACCUGAAAGAUAUUCAAACAAGAAAGUGGUGGCCGGACUCUUUGCAGUCGAUGUCAAAGGAGCCUUUGAUAACAUAUCGAGAACAGCAAUUUUGGAAACCAUUGAAACAUUUAAUUUACAUGAAAAUUACAAACAACUUAUCAAAAGCUUUCUGACUGAGAGACACACGGUAAUUACUUACUUGGGAAGAAAAGGAUGGAGAGAAGAAAAGGAUGGAGUUCCUCAGGGUUCGGUACUUGGACCAAUACUGUACAUUAUUGGUUCUUCUCGUCCAAUUCAACGAGCUAUAAAUUCAAUUGAGAGAAGUGGACUGACAAACAUUCAACCAGCAAUAUAUGCUGACGACAUUUCCUUCAUUGUAACAGCUUGGUCGAGAAAGAAGAUGGAACAAGUAUCUAAACAAGUGCUAACAAAUUUGAAUGAAAAUUUAAAAUCUAUCAAACUUGAACUGGAACCGCGGAAAACUCAAUUCAUGAUGCUCAAAGGUUACAACAAGAACGGUUCAAAAGUUACUCUCGAUGAGCUUCAACUAACUGAAAGAGACAAUAUCAAAAUACUUGGCUACAUGUUUGGAAAAAACAAUCAAAAAAUUCAUCAUUGGAACUAUAUCAAGUCAAAAAUCAAGAGUAUUUAUGACAAUGUAGCAUUGAACCAAAAUAGACUGGCAAAACUUCCGGACAAAUGGAAGAAAUUGAUAAUUUAUUCAUUUGUUUACUCACAAAUUGGAGGUUUACCUAAAUCAACAUUUCAAGACUUGACAGUAAAAACAUACAGAGAACUAGCCUUACGUCUGACAUCAAAGGUAAUCAAAAAGAUAUGGCACCAGAAUCCUUCAUUGGCCAACAUUACAUCUUUGGCUAUCGCAAAAAUUGAACCUCCAUGGGAGUUUAUACUACGUAUAAUAACUAAACAAGCGGAAAAAAGCGAAGCAACAAAAACAAAGCUUUUAAGUUUUGUCAACCAGCAUCAAAACGCUACCACACAAGAACAAAAUAUAACAUCAGUAGAAAAACAAUUAGCUGAAAUAAGCUCAAAAUGGAUUGAGGAAUACAGCAAUGGCCUGGACUGGGUUGAUUCGAACCGAUCCGAAAUCUUUUCAAUCGUCAAGAAGUUUGGACGCAGGUACAUGAGUAGCUGGAAAGCUUUAAGUUUUAUGGCCGGCUCAUAUUACUACCUCAGUCAAGACGAAAAUGGUGAUAAAGAAGAAUGUUGGUGCAAAAAUGAACUCAAAACACCGAGCCAUUGGAUAUUGUCGUGUCCAAUUACAGAGGAAACCAGGUUGAGACAUUUUGGUAAACAUUUACUGUCAAAAGAAGACAUCAAACAGUUAAUCAAAAAGCAAGGAAGAGAAGCCAAGCCACUGGAAACGUACAUCUGGAAU